UUUGAUCCUGGCAUGAAAAUUAUAACUAUGGAGCAAUAUCUAAGUCGGCGCGAGCGUGGCUUCCAAUCGUGGGGAGAUGAGAACUUCAUAAUGCGUCGCAUAUACACAAGCAUAAACAUGUUUAACAGCUAUCAUACCAACCAGGAAUCCGGCGAGCCUGUACGCGUCGGUGGAGCCAUUUUUAAUCUGGAAUUCAAUGCCGAUGGAAAUGUAAUGGUGGCCGCCACCGAGCGGAAGUCCGUGUUGGUGUUCGAUGCCAUCACACAGAAGGAAAUUUUCAAGGUACCCGAUGCCCACACCGACUGCGUCAAUUGCAUCAAGUUCGUCGACGCGCGCAUCUUUGCUACGGGCUCUGACGAUUUAACCGUCGCAAUGUGGGACCUGCGCAACAUGCGCGAAAAGCUUCGUGUCUUGCAUGGCCAUUCCAAUUGGGUGAAGAACAUCGAGUACUCGCCCAAGGACAAGCUGCUAGUCACCUCCAGCUUCGAUGGCAGCAUCUUGACCUGGGACACCGCCUCGUACACGGAACAGGGCCUCAUCUCAGAGCGCGUAUUCCAUGUCAGUGGCCUCUUGAGAUGCCGCAUCUCCCCGAUGGGGGACAAACUGGUGCUGUGCACCAGCGGUGGAUACAUCAUGGUCAUCCAUCGCCUGGACUUGACCACAUUAAACGAUGACCUCAGUGGCUUCAAACCUGGCGUCUAUCGUCUCAUGCAGGUGGUCGAUCAGUACAUACCAGUGGCGGCCAAAUUCGAUCAUUUGUUCUCGAGGCGCCAGAAGAGGAACCGCGUGGAGCUGGUCACAGAUUUUCCGGAGCGCAACGAUGCCGAUAUGAUACUGGCCCUGCAGAUUCAUCCGAACUCCCGCUGCAUGCUGACGCGUGUGAGCUACGAUGAGAAUCGAGAGUGGACAUGCAUACACGACAUUAACGAGGACGUGGCCAACAUGAAAAAACGCCACCCAUCCAGCACUUCCGGUCGUGCAGCCAGUGCCUCUGGCAGCGGCCAAGACGGGUCUUCGACGCCUCCGACACGCCGCAUAUCGAACUAUAAUACAACUAACGGCCGUGGUGGAGCCGCCGCACACGCACAGCAUCUGCAUGAACAACCCGAAAGCUUUCCGCGCGACAUCUGGGCAGCCGAGUUAACCGUCCAACAGCGUGCCAUACGCCCAACUGCAUAUAAUUCAGUGCAUGCCAUUAGCAGUGAGGUCUUGCCAUUGCGUCAGGCGAUACCGGCAAGCCAACGCCAUCGCCUAGCGCGUCGUCCCUUUGUGGACCCAGAACCGAAAUCCAAAAAGCUCAUGUACUAUAUUUCCGAGGCGAACGUCAAGCCUACCUACAUCAAGGAGCCGGGCUUCUCCGUCGACGGUCGUAUAAUCUGCUCGCCCUACGACAAUGGCGUGCGCCUCUUGGGCUACAGCGCCGACUGCAGCGACUAUCCCAUCUACACGACGUUCGAGAAGGGGAAGCAGAGCCCACGCCAAAUGGUGGUACUGGCACACCUGAAAGAGCACCAGGAUGCGGUGCUCUGUGCCAAGUUCAGUCCCCGGGAGCCCCUACUCGUCACGGGCUGCGCCAAAGGGGAUGUGACCUGGUAUCGACCCAAUCUUUAGAAUUGCCUUUUUUAAUAUGUUUUAGUUUUCCAUAAACUUUGUAAUUGGUUCUUUCUUUUAUUUAAUGUACAAGAACCGUAGUCGUUACCGUGACUAACCCCAAGAAUCUCUUGUUUAGAAAUACAUAGAACACUGGUGGACCGA